AUGCAUUCCACCUGGACUCUCUUCACUCUCCUCCUUGCCUCAGCCGCACCAGCCCUAGCCGGCAAGUGCGCCGAACCACGCGAUGUCGGCGAGAACCCCAACUGCUUGGGAGGUUCCUACAUUGAGUGUGUUGCCAAGAACAACGCUCUGUGCACAGGCGAAUGCUUCAACACACCUGCCGGAGGCGCUGGUUCUCCGUGCCACACAGGAUGCACAACCCGAAACCAACAAUACUGCGCUGGUUACUGUAUGAAGAUCAGCAACUGUGAUGAGUGUAAGGAGCAUCUCGUGCAGAUGGGAGGUGUCGACGACGACAAGGUGAACGAGGAUACUUGCAGUCAAGAAGGAGACUCUUACUACUGCAACUGUGACCCUUAG